AUGGCCCUCCCCCGCUAUUCAGCCCCUCUUCUUCCACCCACACAUACGAUUCCAUACCUCACUCGCGUUCUUCAUGACCAUCCGAUCGACUAUGGCGUCGACAACGAAAAACCGACUGUGUACAUAAGCUCGGGAGGCGUUAAGCUCCCUCCCUCAGCUCCUGGCAGGCGUCCUGCGCUCUCUGAUGCCUGCAUCACCCAUCCCAUCUCUCGCACUGCAGUCCCGCCUCCCAAUGCAACCAAGGAGGAAAUCACAGCGUAUAACCAAGGCCGCUUCCUAAACCCCAUAUUCCCGCCUGACAUCACCGCUCAUCGACUUCUUCUUCACCUCACUCUUCCGCCUGAGUCCCUACUCGAACCUGGCGUUUUCAUAGUCGUUAAGGAGGAGAGCCGGAGUGAUGAUCAUGAGCUAGUGCUGUGGAUUAGGUUGAGGGUAGGGUAUGACCGUGUCGUUGCAGUGUUUGAGGUAGGACUGGUAGACGACCCUCGUCGCUCAGGGCUUUUAUUUGUUGACAUACGGAGUGUGCCGGUGACUGUUGACAUGGUGGCACACAUGGACACUGGUUACGCGACUAUUCCUUCCGAGAUUUGGCAUCGUGGGCUAUUUUGUGGUCAUUCCCGGGUCACUUUUCAGCGUUUCACUACUAUGGACGGCAUCUGCAUGCGUCGGAAGAUCCAGUUUGCUGAGCGGGGAGGAGCUGUCGACGUGUAG